CAAACAUUGUAACGUCUCCAAAAAAAAAUGGCGGCCUCCUGCAAUCUCUCGGGGCCGCAGUAUCAGCUCUCACGCUGGUUUCGCCUGCUUUUUAUAACAUGAGGUAACGGUAAACGAGGUCAUUGACUGCUCGCACAAAGACUACUAGUUCUAGCCGACCCGCAGAGCCCGAUUGCAUCAUGGGCAGCUGUUGGAGCUCGAGUUGCAAGAGGCCCGUGUUCGUCGGCAGGGAUCAGAGAGAGUUCUGGUUCAACCGCUGGAAAACCGGGGACACUCCGUGGCAAACGCAAGGAAUACAUCGGCUUCUGGAACAACACCAAGAUCUGGUCUUGGCAGGAAAGCAGAAUGCCCGUGUGUUCAUUCCACUGUGCGGGAAGGCCCAUGAACUGUUAUGGUUCUACAGCCACGCUCACAAUGUCAUUGGCGUGGAGUACAUAGAGAAGUCGGCGAGUGAAUUCUUCGCGGAGAGUGGCCUUCCCUUUGAAGAAACAACCUGCCAUGUGCUGAAGUGUAAAGUCUUCCGUACUCUCGACCACCGUUUGCAGAUAUUUGUGUGCAGCAUAUUUGAAUUCAACAGAGACUGUGCCGGAACGAUGGACAUUGUCUGGGACCGGGGUGCCCUUGUAGCCGUAAACGAUGAUGAGCGCCCAAGGUAUGCAAGUGUUAUCAAGUCACUGCUUUCGCCUGGCUUUUCCUACGCACUUUGCACUGUUGUGUACAAUGACCCAUCAUUCAAAGGUUUCCCUCGGAGUGUACCAGACGACGAAGUCGUGAAGCUGUUUGGUGAUUUCAUGCAGCUGACAAAGGUGACGCAGUCGGAGGAGGAGAAGCGUCUUCACAUUUCUUCCAGCAUUGUUGAGACCCUCUGGCAUGGCACGGGUUGAGUGAUGCCGCAUUUCGCUCCAGUCCUUUUGAGUGGGUUGUCACAGUCUUAAAGCACCAACGGCAGACUUUGCCACUACUCCAUGAAGGGACACAAUAGAGAAAAAAUUCUUUUAGUUGCUGCGUAUCAUGUGAAGUCAACAGAUAAUGACGCCAAUGAAAGCACGGGAGGAGUCAUUUGUAUUCAAGCGAAGCUUGUGUGUGAAAUGGAUAUGGGCCGGGCACGUAGCACGUCGGCAGGAUAACCGGUGGUGAAUAAGGGUAACUGAGUGGAUUCCAAGAGAUGGCAAACGCGUGAGGGGGAGACAGAAAAUUAGGUGGGUAGAUGAGAUUAAGAAGUUUGCAGGUAUAACGUGGCAGCAGAAAGCACAGGCCCGGGUUGAUUGGCGGAACAUGGGAGAGGCCUUUGCCCUGCAGUGGGCGUAGACAGGCUGAUGAUGAUGAUGAUGCGCUGCCUCACAGUGCUGUUGGCAUUGUAUGUAUGACUGGGAAAAAACCCGCCAUCUGUGGGCGCAAAGAAAUGCGGCCCCCAAAGGUGCGCUGGUCACAAUGCGUAUUGGCACGCGCCGUUUCGUAAUAAUUGAUGCUCUUGUGAUCGUGGGCUUGUCAGCGAUCGGUUGUUUCUGAUACAGCAAUAUGAUCUUUUAUCAAGGUGAUUUGUCAUUUCACGUUGCCACAUUUCAUUGUUGCCAGGAUAUGAACGCGUGACUGUCCUUGUUGCCUGUCGAAACUGAAGUGUUGCACUGCUAAGCACGUAGAUUACAGUCCAAUUCCUGGGAUGGAGGAAGGAAACAUGCAGCUUCAGUGUGAUGGGAAGAAAGAA